UCCGGAGGCCGACGGUUGUCGGCGAGCGGAGGCUACCUCCCGGAUCGGAGCGCUCAGUGGGGCUCUCAGGGAGCAGGCCCGUCCCUGGCGGCUUCGUUCCCUUCAGAAGGAAACCGAGAGCUGGGAACUCCAUGCAGUAAUGAAGAGAGAAAUCAUUAUGGGCAGAAACUCCAGGACAAGAGAUAGGGCAAACGAAGCUGACAAAACGAUGGAAAAGGAGCAGGUCACCUUGCCGGAGGGCAAGGAGGAUCGUUCACCAAGCCCCACUGGCGCUUCUACUGCCUCAACUGUGACACGUGGGGAUUCUUCCUCCAAACAGGAGCCGCAGAACCAUCAGAGCAACCCGAUGAUGGUUGACAAGGGACCUAACCUCCAGGCGGCCCAGAAGGAGAUCGAGGAACUGAGACCAGGGAAUGGUAAAUCCAAGACAAGUGAUCUGGAGAGUAGAGCGGCAAAAAUGAUAAAAAAGGAGCAGAUGACUUUUCCAGAGGGCACUCCGGAAACUACGUCCACUAGUGCCAGCAUUUCCACUGCCUCUGCUCUGAAAGAGCCAGCCACUUCUAGCAACAAAGAGGACCCUUUGCUGAACUGUGUGCAGGCUAAGAAGAGCCCUCACUUCCAAGUGGGCAAGAAGAUAAAUUUAAAUAAGUUGAGCUACAAGACUUAUAAGGAAAGCAACGAGUGGCAACAGGACCCUGAGAAGAACCGGAUGCUGGUUGGCAAGAGCCCUGACCACCAUGGGGACAAGAAGAAGAUCAGAGGAAAGAGGCCGUGGGGCGGUAAAUCUGAGAAAAGUGGCACGGAGAGUACAGCAGCAAAAAUGGUGAAAACGAAGAACAUGGCUUUUCCAGAGGGCACUCCGGAAGCUAAGCCAACCAGUGCCAGCGGUUCCUCUUCCUCAACGCUGACACAGGCAGGUACUUCCAGCCAAGAGAAGCGAGAGGAGGCUCCCAAGAAACGCGUGAUGGGUCGCAAGACUGCUGAUCCCCAAGCAGUGGAGAAGUUAAAUAAAUUGGGGACAAACCUCGGGAACAAAAAGGAAAGAGAAGGGAAAACGAAAGAUGAUGAAAGUGUAACUACAGAGUCGAUUCGUCUACUGAAGGACAUUGCUAGUUCCCAGCCAAAUAAAGGAAGUACUUCCAGUGACUCAACUCCAUCAAGUGGAGCCUGUAGCUCCAAAAAGGAGCAAGACAAGGUUACAAAGAAAAGCUCGGUGGCUCGCAAGACCCCUGACCUCCAGGCAAUGAAGACGAAGUUAUGUGAAUUGAUGACAAACGUCAAGAAGAGAAAGGAAAAAGAAAAGGAGGAAGAUAAGGCUCCGAAGAAACGUGUGAUGGCUCACAAGGCCCCUGACCUCCAAGCAGGGAAGGGAAAGUUAGGUGAAUUGAUGUCGAAUGACGGGAACAAAAAAGAAAAAGAAGGUGCAAGGAAAGAUAAAAGUGCAGGUACCGAGCCAACCAAUCUACUGAAGAACUUUUCCAGUUUCCAGCCGAAACAGGGAAGCCAUACCAUUGCCUUAACUCCUUCUCUGGAAGAGUUGUCCAGGGAAGAGAUAUACAGCGAUGAGAAGGUGUUGGUCAUUAAGGAUAACUAUGCCCCAAUCCCAAACCACUGGCUAGUUUUAGCGAAGGAAUCCAUCAGUGGUGUUGAGGCGCUAACCAAAGAGCAUGUAGAGCUCCUCAAGCAUAUGCAGGCCGUGGGAAGGAAGCUGAUCGAGGACUGUGCGGCCUCUGACCAUUUCAAAUUCAGAACUGGUUUCCAUACUUUACGAAACAUAAGACACGUACCUCUUCAUGUCAUCAGUCAGGAUUUCAUUUCUACUCGGCUGAAGGAUAAAAAUUUUUUCAAUAUAAAAAAUUUCCUGGACUCUGAAGAAGUGAUAAAGAUGCUGGAGAGAGAUGAAAAAGUGAUUACUUCAGGUUGAGACCUCUCUUGCUCCUGAAGCUGCCUUGUGAAGCUGCAAAGUGAAGCAAUCUACUCUGACCCAGUUAAAAGACAAUGUUGUGUACCUUUUUCCUCAUUCACUGUGCCAAUUGGAGUUCUCUAGUUUGUUGUUAGAACAGUUGACUUGGCAUUUACUUGUUAAAUAAUUAUCA